AUGCUGGAGGCAACCGGGGAGCUAGCCUCUAGCCCCAACGAUGGUCAUGAUCUCGACAGAGAAGAGGAAAAAAACAACAAGACAAAAAACCGCUCAGACAAUUCCUUGGAACACCCGUAUCUCCAGGCUGCAGAUGGUGCAACGCUGCGGGCGCAAGGGAACAGCAGCAAGUCACGUGGGGGUAAUUUUAGCCUUUCAGGCAGCGCAAAGCGGCAGACGGGCUGGUUGGCUGGCUUGGCCUCUACCGACACCUACCUAGUUAGCAGUCUUUCCCCCAUCGAGAGCCGACGCAACCUGGCAACUUGCGUUUUUUCCAUUGCCCUUCCCAAUCCCUUUGAUUAA